UCGGUUCGGUUCUUUUCGGUUCGGUUCGGCUCCGCUUCGGCCAUGAGCUCCACGCAGUUCAACAAGGGGCCGUCCUACGGCCUCAGCGCUGAGGUCAAGAACAGGCUCCUGUCCAAGUAUGACCCACAGAUGGAGGCGGAGCUGAGGGGCUGGAUCGAGGGGCUCACCGGACUCACCAUUGGCCCCGACUUCCAGAAGGGGCUCAAAGACGGGAUUGUUCUGUGCACCCUCAUGAAUAAGCUGCAACCUGGCUCGGUCCCCAAAAUCAACCGCUCGCAGCAGAAUUGGCAUCAGCUGGAGAACCUGUCCAACUUCAUCAAGGCCAUGGUGAGCUACGGCAUGAACCCCGUGGACCUCUUCGAAGCCAACGACUUGUUUGAAAGCGGGAACAUGACCCAGGUCCAGGUCUCCCUCCUGGCACUGGCGGGGAAGGCCAAGACCAAGGGCCUGCAGAGCGGCGUAGACAUCGGAGUCAAGUACUCAGAGAAGCAGGAGCGGAAUUUUGAUGACACCAAGAUGAAAGCGGGGCAGUGUGUUAUCGGACUGCAGAUGGGUACCAACAAGUGCGCCAGCCAAUCGGGCAUGACGGCCUAUGGCACUCGGCGGCACCUCUAUGACCCCAAGAACCAGAUCCUGGCACCUAUGGACCACUCCACCAUCAGCCUCCAGAUGGGUACCAACAAGUGCGCCAGCCAGGUGGGCAUGACGGCACCGGGCACCCGGCGACACAUCUACGACACCAAGCUGGGCACGGACAAGUGCGACAACACGUCUAUGUCCCUGCAGAUGGGUUACAACCAGGGAGCCAAUCAGAGCGGGCAGGUGUUUGGCCUAGGGAGGCAAAUCUACGAUCCCAAGUACUGUCCCCAAGGAGGGGUGGUGGGCGACGGGGCUGGCCUCAGUCCCGGUCCCAGCUCUGAGACCCCCGAGUACCACUACUAUCAAGAGGAGGAGGGGUAUUAAACCCCCUCCUCCCCCCUCCCCCCAGCGCCACACCCCAUCUUGUUACGAGUAUCAGCACUGUCAGUCUCUCCAUCCUUUGGUUUCUUUGUUUUCUUUCCCUGGAGGUUCCCGAGGUUGGGCAAACCAGUCUUGGGAGCUUCUGAUGGUCGGGUGUGGGUGUGUAUGGGUGGGGGAAGCAGCAUCAACAGCAUUCCUUCUGAAAUACAAAUAUUUCUCCUCUUUCCUGGCUUCCUCCAUCCCAACCCCAGGGCCCGGACAGUUUUGUCCCGGCUGGCUGGUGCAGGGGAAGUGUCAGGCAAGGUCCUGGCAUGGAGCAAACUUCCUGUCUGCAGUUGGGUUUCCCACUUCAGCUUCUCUUCCGGCCGAGCUCAGUCUGUGGCGAAUCUGCCAUCAGUGAAAGCGUUGGACUUUUUUUUUUUUUAAUCUUUUUUAAUGGGGAUCGGGGCGGGGGGGAACUGUAGGGACCAAGAAGAAAUACUUGCCACUGGUUAUUGCUUUGUGGGGUGGCACCUGAUGCCCCCCUAGGACAUGGGUGAAAACUCAGUGGGGGGGCAUGGCGGGCUUGGGGUUCCAGAACCUGGGUUUCCCCCCUGCCCUCUCUCCACCCGCCACUUUUAACCAAAGUCCGAAAAAUCUGAAAUGACUUAAAUGUUUCCAAAGGGGAACAGCCGUGGGUUGGGGGUGGGGGCCUGUCUCCCCGAACCAUCUCUCUGGGCUCCUGGCUGCCCCCACCCUGGAAUUCUUUUUUCCAGAAUGGGCAGGGGUGGGCCCGUUAGGAGCCCCCAGAUACUGCACAGUGACCCUGCCGUGGUUCCCACCCCAACCCCAGGAGUUGGGCCCACAGUCUAAUGUGAAGUGGUGUUAUUUGAACAUAGGAAAUAAAGGAACCUCCUUUGUAAGAAA